AUGCUCUUCGCGAGACAGGGUUGGAAGACGUCGUUAUGUCGGACACUGACGUCGAUAUUAUUUGUAGGUCUGAUACUGUGGAAGCAAUGGGCAACAUUCCUGACAACGCAUGGUUCGCUGACCAAUAUUUCUCUACAUAAAUUGUUUGAACACACAGAAGAGGAUCCCGAUCGUACUGGUAGACCUAACUACGAUGUCCUCCUUCGUCAAUCCAGAUUGAUAAUUAAUGAAAUUGGACGACUGAGUAAAAGUCAAUUUUCCGAGAAUACCGCUUUCUCUCAGCUACUUCAGCAGGCAACUGUACAACUUUCAGCCAGGCUAAAUAUAUUUGAUCAACUGAAUGGCAGAAGAGAGAAAAGAUGCACUCGAAUGAAAUCGUUGAGUCUGCGACUACAAAGGCAAAUUUUAAAUCUACAGUAUCCUAGGCAUUGCCGUAAUAAGAAAAUAGCUCUUACAGAAAGUCGUAGGAUUUGCGGAUUUGGUUGCGUUUGCCAUCAUGUUGCAUACACUUUCGGAAACUCAUUUGCUAUGAAUCGCACUCUUCUCAUCAAGGGCAAUGUCUGGGGUGAUACCUUCCAACCAAUCACAUCGUGCGGAAAUUUGACUGCUGUUCAAAGCAAGGAGGCAGUGCAUAUGCCUUUUACCGAAUAUCUCAAUGGAGGACAAUUUGAUCCACCCGGACUUGCUGAUGAGUGGGCAACUGCAAUGGAAGACAUUCACGGUGCGCCCUAUGUCUGGUUCCGCGGCCACUUACUGUCCUUCCUUCUGCGUCCAAUUUGGUCCGCUGCCGAGACAGACCGUGGUCCCUAUGUCGGUGUGCAUGUUCGCCGAACGGACAAAAUAGUCACGCAGGAAGCCGGAUUCCACUCACUUUCGGAGUAUAUGGUUCAUGUGAAACGUUUUUUCAGACUCGUCUACCUAGCUUCCGAUGACCCCUCUGUUUUUACAGAAGCCAGAGAGCAGUACACAGACUACAUAUUCCUAGGAGACCAAAAAAAGGCCAAAACCUGGAGCGAUACGACCGAAGACGCCAUCAUGACAGAUAUUUUGGCUCUGGCCAAAUCAGACCUCCUAGUCUGUACUGCGUCGUCCAAUGUCUGCCGACUGGCCUACGAACUGAUGCUCGCUCAACAACCAGCCAAUGAUGAUGCGACCUUCAAUUCCCAGUCCCUUGACGUCAGAUUUAUCAGUCAUAGAAGUAGACAAGGACGGUGGAAAGUCAUCGCAGAUUUUAAGGACAACAACCUAGUAUUAGGGGAUUUGUAUUCGCUGUCUGCAAAUUCUUCUGAUGGAUUUUUGCGCUCCUUUUGCGCAUUAGAUGGAAAUUGUCACAAACAACUGAUACCCGCCUACUUAUUACAAGAGAUUACUCUUAGAUACUCCAAAAGGUAA